UGGCAUCGAAGAAGAUGGCCCUGACUGAGAUCCCAUCACUCCCAGGACAGCCUGGUGCGGGCCAUGGAAAGAAAUUAGGCCAUCGGGGAGUCGACGCUUCUGGCGAAACCACCUACAAAAAGACCACCUCAUCCACCCUGAAGGGAGCCAUCCAGUUAGGAAUUGGCUACACAGUGGGGAAUCUGAGCUCCAAGCCAGAGCGAGAUGUCCUUAUGCAGGAUUUUUACGUGGUGGAAAGCAUCUUCUUCCCCAGUGAAGGAAGUAACCUCACCCCAGCUCAUCACUACCCCGACUUCAGAUUCAAAACCUAUGCGCCAGUGGCUUUUAGGUAUUUCCGAGAACUCUUCGGCAUCCGUCCAGAUGACUAUUUGUAUUCCUUGUGUAAUGAGCCUUUGAUCGAGCUUUCUAACCCAGGGGCCAGUGGUUCAGUCUUCUACGUUACCAGCGAUGACGAGUUUAUCAUCAAAACUGUAAUGCAUAAGGAAGCAGAAUUCUUGCAGAAGUUACUUCCUGGUUACUACAUGAACCUAAACCAAAACCCUCGGACCCUACUUCCAAAGUUUUAUGGGCUGUACUGUGUUCAAUCAGGGGGAAAGAACAUCCGGGUGGUGGUAAUGAACAACAUUCUUCCCAGAGUCGUGAAAAUGCACCUGAAGUUUGACCUCAAGGGCUCGACUUACAAACGGCGGGCAAGCAAGAAGGAGAAGGAGAAAUCUAUCCCCACGUACAAGGACCUGGAUUUCAUGCAGGACAUGCCCGAAGGCCUGAUGCUGGAUGCUGACACCUUUAGCGCACUAGUGAAAACCUUACAGAGAGACUGUUUGGUGUUGGAAAGUUUUAAAAUCAUGGACUACAGCUUGCUGCUUGGGUUACACAACAUAGACCAGCAGGAGCGGGAGCGGCAGACCGAGGGAGCCCAGAGCACAUCGGACGAGAAACGCCCAGUUGGACAGAAGGCGCUCUACUCCACGGCCAUGGAAUCCAUCCAGGGUGGGGCUGCCCGGGGGGAAUCGAUAGACACAGAUGACACGAUGGGUGGGAUCCCCGCGGUGAAUGGCAAAGGGGAGCGUCUUCUGCUACAUAUAGGAAUCAUCGAUAUCCUACAGUCCUACAGAUUCAUCAAAAAGCUGGAACAUACUUGGAAGGCUCUUGUCCAUGAUGGGGACACGGUUUCGGUUCACCGACCCAGCUUCUAUGCUGAGAGAUUUUUCAAAUUCAUGACUAACACUGUUUUUCGGAAGAACUCGUCUCUGAAAUCCUCACCAUCUAAGAGAGGUCGCAGUGCCUUAUUAGCUGUCAAGCCUAGCGGGCCCACAGCAGCAUUUUCUGCCAGCCAGAUCCCCACGGAACGGGAGGAAGCUCAGUAUGACCUGCGGGCUGCUAGGAGCUACCCCACUCUAGAGGAUGAAGGCAGGCCAGACCUGCUACCUUGCACUCCCCCUUCAUUUGAAGAAGCAACCACAGCCUCCAUAGCCACGACGCUGUCGUCAACAUCUCUCUCCAUCCCCGAGCGGUCUCCUUCUGAGACCUCUGAGCAACCCAGGUACAGGCGUCGCACUCAUUCAUCUGGCCAAGAUGCCCGGUCCCACGAGGAGGUGCACGUGGAAGAGGAGCUCCAGCAGAUCACAGUCGAAAUAGAGGCUAAAUGUAACGUUGAGAUUGUGGCUCCCGAAGAAGAGGAAAAAGGGGAAGCAGCUUCCUCAGCCUCUGCCAUCGUCACAUCCACUGUUGCUGUGGAGGUAGAAACUACCAGCCAGGCCUCCGAACCAGCCAGCCAAGCAUCCGAUGAAGAUGAGGUGCCAGCCACUGACAUAUACUUUCCUACAGAUGAGAGGAGUUGGGUUUACUCCCCGCUCCACUAUAGCAUGCAAGUCCACUCGGUCUCUGAUGAGGAGAGCGAUACAUAAUUUCUAUGCAGACACUGAAGUCUGGAGCUGAUUGUUCCCUCUCCGGAAAGCGGUUCCAUUUUGUUGACGUGCCGACUGGCCAUGGGGGAAGCUUGCCGAUGCCCACCUCGCUGCACGAGCAGGACCUCACACACCCCGCUUCCCACUGGGGGAAACACAAAAUCCCCCCCCCCCCAGUGUCCCCGCCCUCCUCUCUUCCCCUCCCCACCCAACAUCUUGACCAUUCGCCUCAUCCGUUUCAAGCCGUGGACUGCCAAGAAAAUGUUGCUCCCGGGCUCAGAGCCUCCAGGGGCAAAGAAAUCAUUGGGGCAGAGCAAAAAUCUGCCCAUCUGAGCACUCCUGUAACUGCGUGUGUGCGUGUGCGAGUGUGGGGGUGUUUAUGAAAUAAUGCAAUCCUUUUUUUUAAACCUUUUUUUUAAUCCUAUAUUUAUUUGGGGUCUUUGAGCUCUGCACAGACACCGACAGCACAAAUGUGCUUUUCUUUUUAAAAAAAAACAUAAAACAAUAUGGGGUUUUACCACACCCUUGGCUCUUCUCUAUAUUUGUUUUGGGAUCACAGGAUCCCUCACUGGAGAUAGGGAAAGGGCAGCAUACCUGUUGCUUGGUAGGGUGAGUGUAAAGGGAAGGAAGACCGUCAGAAGAAAUUCAUUCCCACUAUUUAUUUCUAGCUUUGCCCUGGGGAGUCAAUCACUGUAUAGAUUUCAAAGCUACCAAUGACCCAUGAAGUGAAUCUCUGUUUGUCAGUAUGAGAAAGAGGGGCAGAAUACCCUCCAUUUUCCUGGACUUCGCUGUGGCAUAGAGAACACUCCUCUCCCCUUCUCUCUGGGCUUAACCCACAUUGGUGUCCCCCACCUCUUGUCCUGGAGGAUGAAAACCCUGUGCUUUUCCCGUGUUCUUUGGCUCCUUCCCAGUGUGGAUUCAAAUCUGGAAACUGCAUCAAGCCAAAGUUGAGCCACUUAGGAACCCAGAGCUCUCUUGCUCAGAAAAUAUACUUAUAGAACAAUCAGAUUUCCCCCCUCCACCGAUCAGAAAACUUUAGAGGGUACCCACUCUAAGACUGCUCCUUUAUCUCUUCCCUUCUCCUGCCCCCAUCUUAAAAGACAGUUUUCCAUACAGUCAGUAUGAACCUUAUCUGGCACCGCAAAUCCAUUUCGGCUUGAAAUGGAAGAGCAGUAUACCAGGAAUAAGUGUGGAUCUAAAGCGACCGUGUGGCUUAGUGAUGCCGUGGCAGGCAGAAGGGAUUUGGAUUCGGAUUUUUUUUUUCUUUCCUCCUUUUGUUGUUUCUUUUGGUUUUGCUUUAUUGGCUAAAAGGAGUAUGUUUUCAGUUGGAUGCCCCAGUCAAAGAUCAUGAUUUUCAAAAUGGUUUCAGUCUUUCAGAUUGAAUCUUCCCUCAGGUGCUAUUAAGAUGACAAGUGUGAUACUGCUGAGAAAUGAGAGAGUGCCCCACGUUCUCCCCACCUCUUUAUGGCAAAGGCAACUGCAUAUCUUGUGGAUGAAGCCUUUUCCUCUGAUGGAAACUGUGGACUUUAUUUAUUAUCGUGCUUAUGAUUGAAAUUCAGGUUCCAGAAAGGAGGAAGCGGGUGUUGGAAAUUUUUCCACUGGAAGCCAAAACAUGGAGGGUCAUCACCAAAUGACUUUGAAAUACUCAGGAAGAUUGAGACAGAAAGGGGCUCGGCCUCUCAGCUGCAGAUUUGCAAAAGGAGUUCGAUGUUGGGGUGUUUACCUUUGAGCAAUCAUGUGUGUUUGCUUGAUUGGAGGAGGCAGCAGGCAGGAGACCUCCAAAAUAAUGUUUUGUUGUCCCAUUCCCCCUCCCACCCCCACCCAACACUUUCAAGACCCUCUUUCUCUUAAACCCUGGGACUUCCAUCCUAUUGCAUGAGCCAUUUAUUGAGCUAAAUAUGCUGAUUGGACCUGCUGACCCAGAGGAAGCUGUGCUGCUUUAUGUUCUCCAAUUGAGUUAUCUACGUGACUGUAGAGAAAACAUUCAGGCUGAGAGGUUCUUUUACAGUUUUAAUUAAAACUAGAGAAGGCCAUUCUUUAAAGAUGUUGGCCUGUUAAUUUCAGACAGUGAGGAACCCAAGUCUUCCGAUGGAGCAAUUAAAUCAAUUAUAACAUUGUUCCGCCCUUCCUUCAUUAAUCAAAGCUAAACCAGAAUCAUAACGUUUUAUGGCAGAAUCUCUUUGUUCUCAGUCUGGGCUGAAAAGAAGCUGAUUAAAAUAGGGUAAUUUUACACACUCCAAUCAUGGUCUCUGCCAUAUUUGAAUGGGAUUAUACAUAUAUAGGUAUGUAUAGCCGCUCCGUUUUUUAAUCUCGUGCUGUGUGUUUCCCAUCAUUGGCCUGAACUACUAGAAUAUGCUAAUUGGCUGCAUCUUCUGGAAAUGAAGACUACAAGGAGUUUUAUUUUUUGUAGUGGCAUUUUUAAAAAAAGGUAGGAAUCAUGCAAGCUAAUGACAGUCUCUCCGAUGAAAGAUAAGCCUGGUUGUCAGACUAUGUGGCUGACCUUGGCUGUUCUCCUUGGGCUAUUUUUCUGACCCCUGCAGAUGAUGGUGUCAGGUUUGUAGCAGAUUCGGGGCUUUUACAUGAAUUAUGUUCUUAACACUGCAGUCUCCAAAAUGUUUGGCUCCCUUUCUCAAACACAGGUUUCUGUGCACAACACCCACCUGCCAUCCCCGCCUUGCCCCUUAUAAUAAUAAUAAUGGUAUUUGUUAAGCGCGUACUAGGUGCAAAGUA